UGGAUUUUCCAAAUAACGCCCACUUACUUGUUUUCUGUCUAUCCAAGCAAAAACUCUUUUUUUCUUCCCUAGCAGUACUGUUCCCUGCUGCUCUUUUUUCAAAGUAGGCCUCUGAUCUAUGCUGCAGGUAUGGCAGAAAAAGAACCGGAAGACUACUCCAAACUCUCUCUAGAAGUGAAGUUAGCUCACAAGGUUUGGAGGGCUAGGCUGAUGGGGUAUGAGGAGGCGUCGAAGGUGUUUCGUAAGAUAGAUGAUGAGGCCAGCUCGGAGUAUUCCAAGUUCACUGGAAUGAUCAAGGGCUUCGUUACCGACAGCAACCAAAUGGCCCAAGAGAAGGGAGUGGAGGCAGCACUGGCCUUUGUGGAGUCAGCAGCAGCUGCUUCAAAGGUAUGCUCGGAUGUGGUGACUGGUAUUGUCACCAAGUGUCUGAACGGACGUCCCAAGACCAAGGAGGGGGGGAUUCUAAUCUCCCUAAUGUUUAUUGAGAUCGAACAGUUUGCAACUGUACAGGAGGAGAUCAUGAAGGGCUUUACACACAAGCAGCCCAAGAUAGUGGCAGCAUCGGCCCUAGUCUUCAAUCGAGCCUUGCAGGAGUUUGGAGCUAAAGUAAUCAAUGCGAAGAUGCUCAUGAAAGCAGUUCCUGCUCUGUUUGAGCACAGUGACAAGAACGUCAGAGCCGAGGCAAAGGCAUUGGCCAUUGAGCUAUUCCGCUGGUUCGGAGUAGCCAUCAAACCAACACUUGAGAAGCAUCUGAAACCUGUUCAGCUCAAAGAGCUAGAAGAGGAGUGGGGUAAGCUACCAGGAGUCCCACCGAUCCCUCCACGUCGGCUCAGAUCAGAGCAAGACACACCCAUUGAGGCCCCUGCCCCAUCUGGUGGAGGAGAUGAGGAUGGCGUAGAGGACGGGGGAAGUGAGGGUGCUGCAAUGUUUUCCCAAGCAGCUCUCGACCCUUAUGACCUGGCUGAUCCUGAAGAAAUGCUGGGGAAAAUGCCAAAAGACUUCUAUGAGAAAUUGGCUGAUCCCAAGUGGAAGGAACGUAAAGAGGUGCUUGAGACAGUGCUGCCACUGGCCCAGUCCAUCAAACUAGAGCGUGGAGAUUAUGGGGAACUUAUCAAGGCACUGAAAAAGGUCAUUACCAAAGACAGUAAUGUGAUGGUGGUGGCUCUGGCUGGCAACAUUGUCACUGGUCUAGCCAAGGGCCUUAGAGAUGGCUUCCAGAGCUACGUCUCUACUAUUCUGUCAGGGAUUUUUGAGAAGUUUAAGGAGAAGAAGCUGAAUGUUGUCAACUCCCUCCGUGAUGCAGCUGAUGCAGUCUACCUCACAACGUCUCUGGGGAGCAUACAAGAGGAGGUAGCUGAAGCCCUGAAUAACAAGAACCCGUCAGUUAAAUCAGAGACUCUGCUGUUCCUCUGUCGCUGUUACCAGCAGUGUACUCCUGCCAUGGUCCCGAAACCAUUUCUCAAAGCACUGGCUCCUCUCACCGCUCAGAAAUUGGAUGAUACUACCCCCCUAGUGAGGGAGGCAGCUCAGGAGGCUCUGGGCACAAUGCUCCGAGUGGUGGGGGACAGACCAAUGAACCAGUACCUAGAGGGAGUCGAUAAGGGGAAGAUGGCCAAGAUUCAGGAGCACCGCGAGAGUGUGUCUCUCAAGAUCCAGACAGGGAUUAUCCCCAGUCCAAUGAAGGGCCAGGCAGCUGCUGGUGGGGGAAAGGAGCCCCCCAAAGGAAAGAAGCCAGAAGCUAAGAAACUCGAGCUAGCUGAGGAGUCUGCCGAGCCAGUCAAGAAGAAGAAGCCUGCUGCAGCAAGUCAAAAGAAGCCUCCCAAGAAGAAAGUUGAAGGUGCCACCGCUGCAGCACCGGAGUCCAAACCAGCACAGGGCUCUACUACAAAGAAACCUGCAGCCAGUGGUGGGAAGGCUAAGGGAGGCAGCAAAGGCAAAGCAAAGAGUGGAGCUACUGCUGGCAUAGGAGAGCCACCGGAUCAACCAGAACCAGCGAUUGCAACUGAAGAAGUAGAGGAGAAGGCCAAUGCGGUGCUCCCCUCCGGCAUGCUAGACAGACUGGCGGACCCAAAGUGGAAGGAAAGACUGGAAGCAUGCGAGGAAUUCAAAAAAUUUGUGGAGGGACUUUCCCCCAGUGAAAUGCAGUCCCUGUUAUUCUGUAAAGUACUGGCACGGAAACCAGGAUGGAAGGACAGUAACUUCCAAGUAAUGAAUGCCAAGUUUGCCGUUGUGGCCACUUUGGUGGAGAAAGCUAAAGUAUUUGGUAAGAAGUCCACAACAUGUGUGCUGUCUGCUCUGGUGGACAAGUUUGCUGACAUGAAGGUCAAAGCGAGAUCAGGAGAAACUUUGAUGAUUCUGUCGGAGAGAAUGACUCUCAACUAUAUCACCAUGCUGGUAAUGAAAGCUGCGUUUGAGCAGAAGAGUCCUAAAGUUCAGUCGGAGAGUCUUGACUGGUUGGGACAAGCUAUCAAAGCAUUCGGAUUCAUGAUCAAAGCCAAGCCUCACAUUGACUUUGUCAAGAAAGCGUUUGGCGCCUCCAACCCUGCCGUCAGAACUGCUGCCAUUAACGUGGUGGGGGUCAUGCACUUGUAUCUGGGGGCUCAAGUGACAGUGUUCUUUGAGGAGGAGAAACCAGCCCUCAAGCAACAGAUUGAUGAUGCCAUCGCCAAGGUGUCUGCUGAGUCUGCCCCUGUGCCGACGAGAGGUCCCAACAUCCCCGGGGAGGAUGACGGGGAGAGUGAGGAAGAAGGGGAUCCCCUUGGUGACGAUGACGGACCUCCCCCUAAAUCAGUGUCCCUCGCUGACAUGAUGGACAAGGUCGACAUCAGCUCUCAAAUCAAGCCUGAACUCAUCAAAGAAAUGGCCGAUAAGAACUGGAAAAUAAGAAACGAGUCUUUGCAGAAGGUGCAGGAGAUACUAAAGACGGCCAAGUUUGUGAAACCGUCACUAGGUGACCUGCCCGGUGCCCUGAAGGGACGGCUGUCUGACUCCAACAAGAAGCUCAUCAUCACCACUUUAGAUAUCAUCAAGAACUUGUCCACUGCAAUGGGAUCCGGGUGCUCAAAAUAUUUGAAAACUUUUAUACCUGGAGUGCUGAAUUGUCUGGGAGACUCAAACCCUGGAGUUCGUUCAGCCAGUUUGGAGACCCUGAAUGCCUGGCACGAUGUGCUCACCAUGAACCCCAUGAUAGAGCAGGAGCUCAUCGCUAAUGCACUCUCCACAGAGAGCCCCAACCUUAGAACUGAGCUUCUUGGCUGGCUCCAAGAGAAGCUACCAGAAUGCCACAAACUUCCCGCUGAGGUGAAUCUCAUCAUCCCUCCACUCUACUCAUGUCUAGAAGACCGUAGCGGGGAAGUGAGGAAGAAAGCAAACGCCACUGUACCUGUCUUGAUCUCUAAAAUUGGAUAUGAAGUAAUGGCUAAGGAAGCUACAAAGUUAAAGGGCUCUUCCAAAGCGACGGUGAUUGGGAUCAUAGAGAAGCACCGCUCCGCUGCCCCCUCAAAGCCUAAAGGUACUCCAGCCCCAGCAGCUGAACCCAAGAAGCCUCCCAAAGCCGAGAAAGCACCUGAGAAGUCUACAGAGAAAGCUACCAAGAAAACAGCCUCUGGAAAACCCAGGGGCAAGGCAGGGUCAAAGGCUUCUGCUGGUCAGAAAGUAAGCAGUUCUAAGAAGAAUGCUCCUGAGCCAAGCACUGGAUCACCUCUAGUUUUCGUACCAAAUGGAAAAGAGAGUCGAACAAAAGAUGAGGAGAGAAUGAAGACUCUCAAGUGGAACUUUCAGGCACCACGGACAGAGCAUAUAGACCAACUCAAGGAGCAACUCGCACCAUGUGUCAGUACUGAUCUGCACGCCAGCCUCUUCCAUGAUGACUUCAAAAAACAUCUAGCAGCACUGGCUACUCUCACUAAGUGUGUGUCUGGUGCUGCUCCUCACAAAGAGGCUGCGACCGGCUGCAGUGACCUCUUGCUGCGCUGGAUCACGCUCAGGUUCUUUGACACCAACACCACCGUGAAUAUGAAGUGUCUCGAGUUUCUCAGUGCCCUAUUCAAGAUGCUGCUGACUGUGGAUGAGUACCGGAUGUCUGAUUAUGAGGCCAAUGCAUUCUUACCCUAUCUUGUUAAUAAGGUUGGGGACAGCAAGGACCCAGUGCGUAAGGGCGUCCGCGCUCUGUUCAGGGACAUCUGCAGCUUCUACCCCCCAGCCAAACUCUUUACUUUCCUCCUCGAUGGUCUCAAGUCAAAGAAUGCAAGACAAAGAACAGAGUGCCUGGAGGAGCUGGGGACACUGAUCCAGUACAACGGGAUGACCGUGUGUGGGGCUCAGCCACAGAAGACUGUUCCAAUUAUCGCCCAUCAGAUCACUGACAGGGACAACACAGUACGAAUGGCAGCCCUCAACGCCAUAGUGGUUGUGUAUGGCAAUAUGGGAGAAGGAGUGUACAAGUUCACAUCACAGUUGUCUGAAAAGGAUGCAAGCUUGCUGGAGGAGCGAAUUAAGAGGUCUGGAGUCAAGGCACCCUCUUCCUCUCAAUCAUCUGGUGCAGUCAAGGCCCCUCCUCCACACAGUGAUGACACUGCUCAGCCAAAGCAGUCAAAGUUUAAAGUCAAAAAUGUCCCCAGCCGAGAGCCCACUGCCUCGAUGUCAGAACCUGUUGUCUCUUCUAAGGAGAACACCCCGCCGAGUGUGGAGGCCCCCUCUAUAACUGAGCCAGCUCCCAAAGUCACAGGCCCUUUCAAGUAUGUACCUGUUGAGCCCCUGCCUCCAAUGCCGGAACCGACUGUUUUUAAACCACUCAGGAAAGAAGAACUGGAUAUAAUGCAAGCACCAUUACCAAAGAUACCUCAAUUACGCUCUAGGAACAUGCCGAACACACUGCUGACACUCACCCCCACCAGACAGGCCAGGACUUCGGAGGCCAUCAGCUUCAUCAUCUCUCAGAUUACAAGCAACGACUCAUCCACCUGCAGCAAGGGUAUCAAGCAGAUUGAGGCAGUGAUAGUGAGUCCAUCCCAACGGCCUGCCAUAACCCCUCAUGUGGACCAGCUGCUCAGGGCACUCCUCCUACAGAUGAGAGUAAACUUCUCGUCACCACUCACCAACGCCAGUGAUAGUGACUCUCAGAAAGAGGUGAUGGAUGAUGCUAAGAUGCUGACCUCGUGCAUAGUAAAAGUGCUUGAGGAGCCAAGUUUGGCUAUCUUGGUCAGCCAGGACACACUCGUGGAACUGGAGAGAGACGUGGUGGCCUACCUCACUGACGAGAGACUGCUCAAACUCGACGAUGCCGCUCAACUACUCAGGGUGUUCAACUACCUCAUGCUGCGACUCUGUGAGAACUGUGACAAGACGUCUGUGUACGGGUCCCUGCUGCAACUGUUGGCCAAGAAUAUGCACUCAGGGGCUGCUCAGAGCAAGCAAACAGACCUCAUCAUGAAGUGUAUUUGGAAGCUGACCAAGCUGCUCCCUCAGUUUGUGUCCACAGUCAACCUGGACCGCCUCCUAUCUGAGAUCCACCAGUGUUUCGAAGUCUACUCUAAGCACGAGCCCCCAACCCCACAGAUGGACGUGCCCAUUCGGACAGUCAAGACCAUCCUAUUCCAUCUCAUCAACUCUGUUGGAGAAGAGCUACUCAACCACUUGGCUCUGAUCCGAGACAGUAAGCACUCCCAGGUGACCCAGUACAUUCAGAAGACCCUCAGGAAAAAGGCUACAAGCGCCUCAAGUAAUGGAGUGCCCACUGCCCAGAGUAAUCCGGAGGACACCAUGGACAUACCUCUCAUGCCAGCUGACCUGGUCGCUACGUUUAGUGAAAUACUUAAGAAAAUUGGAAACCCUGCCACCAAAAAACAGGGACUUAUUGAAUUGUAUAGCCUCAAACAAAAGAACAAAGAAUUUGAUCUCGAAAAAUUUUUCAAGAAAAUUAAUGUUUCAACAUUUUAUCGCUCCUUUAUUGAAAGAGGCCUGCGAGAAAUUGACAGUGAAAUGAAUGAGGGAGUAAAAGUGUCUGAUCACAUGAAGUCAGACCCUAAUGAAACAUCCUCAAGUGAAAGUAUAUAUGCUAAACACUACAAGCGUCUGCAGCAGGUCCAGUCGAGAGCGAGUCAGCUGAUGGAGAUCUCACUGCAGGAGAAACCAACACAGAGAGAGAUCAAGACAGUCCCCACUCCUGACACCAAACACACCGUCACAGUACCCCCUCCUGAUGUUGACCACGAGAAAGAUGCGAGUCCAUCAUCCAAACCCAAAGUAGACCGCUCUCUCUAUUUAGAAGAAAUGCGUAGGAAACUGGAUCGUCUUAAAAAGACAACUUAGGCUAUAUAGCUCACUUGUGCUAUAAACUGUCGUAUUUACUAAUGUUUGUGUUCAUUCUGGUGUUUCACUGAUUGUUGGAUUAUUACUCAUUGCAUCACUGUUGAGACAA